CUUGUUCCUAGCAUUCGUGUUGGCACGUGAUUUCUGCCCCGUCCUUCCGCCAUGGCGUGAUGAGUCGGUUGGCACGGAGCCAGCAGGCGUUGAAACUCUUCUCUGAAGUCGAUUUGCCUCAUCCAUGGUGUCGGCAAGGCUGGUGCUUGUACCGGUGCACGGCAGCACGCGCUGUGAAGGUCGCAGCGUUUGAUUUCGACAAGACUCUCUACUUUGGAGGGCCUUCAUGGAAGUUGACUUCUGCACAGAUCCCAAAGCGGCUCCAACAGCUGCAGCAGUUUGGCUACACAGUCGUGAUUUUCUCAAAUCAACAGGGCCCUGGACGGCAGACCAGCUCUGAAAGGAUGCAGUUGGAAGUGGCGAAGUUACUUUCCAACUUCGAGGAUUUCUACGACUUCGUGCGGGUAGACCUUCAAAUCUUCGUGUCAACAGCCCGUGGCGACAUCGGGGACCCCUUUCGGAAGCCCAACACCGGAAUGUGGAAACUCUUUAGGUCAUUGUGUUUUCACCUGAACGACCUCGCCAAAGUUUUUAUGUGGGGAACUCUGCCGGCCGCAAGGGCGACGCCAGUGAUGUGGACAUGAAAUUUGCCCAAAACGCCGAGCUCAUCUUCUACACGCCGGAGGAGUUCUUGGGGUGGUGUGACUCCAUUCCGCGGAAGACCCAAGUUGCAGAAAACAUGAGAAAGCAUGUUUGAUUUCGAUUCGAACAGUUUUGACAUUCUUUUUGCGAUGUGACAACAAGAAGCUACUAGGAACAAGUGCAUCGCUAGUAACAAGUGCCUUACUAGUAACAAGGUUCACUACUAGUAACAAGUGCCACGCUACUAGGAACAGGUGCCUUACUAGGAGCAAGAAGCGAACGUAGAAACAAGUGCAUCGCAAACACACACCGUCACACGUGCGGCUCGGGGCUGAACAAGAGAGAGUCAAAAGGGAGGUCAAAAGGGAGUCAUUUUCGGUCUUCUGGUUGUAAAAGAGGUUUCAGAUAGUCUAAGAGUCUAAGCAUCACAGAGCGACGUUGCUACGCAAGCGACGCAGGCGCAUUGUAGACGAUCUCCGGAUCCAUCACCGUUUUUUUCAUGCCAUUUAAACGACAAUACAUGCAAAUACUGAAAAGAAAAGAAAAAGAGAAAAAGAAAGACAUCAAUAGCAAAAAAAAGUCAAAACGC